UGAGAGUGGCUGGAGAGCAACAUGAAUCAUGACAACCUGAUGGGAAUUUCCUGAUAACUAACCUAGGAGUUUCGGGGAACUUCCCAAAAGACCCAUCAACACUUCAAUAGGAAGGAGGCGCCAACAGUUUGUGCCCUAAGACUUUGAUCCCCGCAACCCUCCAAUGUGACAUCACGACCCUCAUCCCAUCCUCAUCCAGCUCCCGCUUUCGAAGACCAGCCUUACACCAAACUGCAGAUUCUCAGUACAUUGGGACCUUGCCUUUCCCCUUCUGGUCACACGACCGACUUCUUUACCACGGAAAUCCGUAAACUCAGCUUCGUCUUAUCCACUGGCGGUGUCGGUGGCACUGCGGGCCCCGGCACUGGACGCGGCAACCCCCGGGAGCAGGUGUUCUGUGUCUGUGUCGGGGAGCCUAUGUCACGUGCGGUUUUCUCGCUUCCUGAGCUGCGGACGAUGCCCUCGUGCGCCAAGGGCCGAGCUACCGCAGGCAGAGCCGCUGUCCGGGGCCCCAGCCUCGCCACCAUGAGCGUCCUGCGGGCGUGCCUGCUCCUCUGCGCCCUGGUCGUGAGCGACUCCGAAGGCAGCCAUGCACAUCACCGAGUGUCUGAGGCAUCAAACUGUGGCUGUCUGAAUGGAGGAACAUGUGUGUCCUACAAGUACUUCUCCAACAUUCGGCGAUGCAACUGCCCGAGGAAAUUCCAAGGGGAGCACUGUGAGAUAGAUACAUCAAAAACCUGCUAUCACGGGAAUGGUCGCUCUUACCGAGGAAAGGCCAACACUGACACCACAGGUCGGCCCUGCCUGGCCUGGAACUCUGCCGCUGUCCUUCUGAAACCAUAUCAUGCCCACAGACCUGAUGCCCUUCAGCUGGGCCUGGGGAAACACAAUUACUGCAGGAAUCCAGACAACCAGGCGUGGCCCUGGUGCUACGUGCAGGUUGGCCUAAAGCAGCUUGUCCAAGAGUGCAUGGUGCAUGACUGCUCUGUGGGAAAAAAGCCCUCCACACCUCCAGAAAAAUCAGAGUUUCAGUGUGGCCAGAAGGCUCUGAGGCCCCGCUUUAAGAUUGUCGGGGGAGAGUUCACGACCAUCGAGAACCAGCCCUGGUUUGCGGCCAUCUACAGGAGGCACCGGGGAGGCUCUGUCACCUACGUGUGCGGGGGCAGCCUCAUCAGUCCUUGCUGGGUAGUCAGCGCCACACACUGCUUCAUCAAUCACAUAAAGAAGGAGGACUACAUGGUCUACCUGGGUCGGUCAAAGCUCAACUCCAUGACGCCCGGGGAGAUGAAGUUUGAGGUGGAGCAGCUCAUCUUGCACGAGGACUACAGUGCUGACACACUCGCGCACCACAAUGACAUUGCCUUGCUGAAGAUCCGAUCCAACAUGGGCCAGUGUGCACAGCCAUCUCGAUCCAUACAGACCAUCUGUCUGCCCCCAGUGUAUGGAGAUGCCCGUUUUGGCACAAGCUGUGAGAUUACUGGCUUCGGAAAAGAGAAUUCCACCGACUAUCUCUAUCCAGAGCAGCUGAAAAUGACUGUUGUGAAGCUGGUUUCCCACCAGGAGUGUCAGCAGCCCCACUACUAUGGGUCUGAAGUCACCACCAAAAUGCUGUGUGCCGCUGACCCACAGUGGGAGACAGAUUCCUGCCAGGGAGACUCAGGGGGGCCCCUGGUCUGCUCCACCAAAGGCCGCCUGACCCUGACUGGGAUUGUGAGCUGGGGGAGUGGAUGUGCCUUGAAGGACAAGCCAGGAGUCUACACGAGGGUCUCACACUUCCUGCCCUGGAUCCGCACUCACACUGGGGAAGAGAAUGGCCUAACCCUGUGAGGGCCCCCAGCGAGCCGAGGGAGGACAUGGGUGCCACCCAUGCUGACUGUCAUUUGUGCGGUGGUGUCGUCUCAUCAGCUGUAAGGAAGAGAGGCUCCGCAGAGGUGGUUUUGCUUGUGCUGCCCACCAGGAUGAAUGACAACAGCUUUACCCUCAGACACGGGCCUGGGUGCUGGCCACCCAGACCCCCCUGGCCAGGAUGGAGGGGUGGUCCUGACUCAGGAUGGAGCUGACAGUAGUUUGUCUUUUUCUGGACUAAAGCCUAAUGGAGUUAAAAAUGGCAUCUCCUGUGUGUGGGUGGAAGAAGAGCCAGCUCCCCUAACAAUGGGCAUUCACAAGGUCCACUGUUGGGAAAUGAAUAAUUUCCCAAUUAGGAAGUGUAACAGCUGAGGUCUCUUGAGGGAGCUUGGCCAGUUUGGGGAGUAGAGACACUAAUGACUUGAGGGAAGGACUCUGGCAUUCCAUGAAUGUAUCAAGAAAUAUUACACGUGUGUAUAUGUUUGUGCACGGGCUUGCGUGUAUGUUUGCACACUUAUGCACGGGCUGUGAGUGCAUGUGUAAGUGAGUAACAGCUGGUGUGUCUGACAGCAAGUUUAGAUAUUUCCCUAAACUGUGUGGACAGUGAUGCCACACUGAGUGGUCUGUCUAGAGGGGUUGUGGGUCACUCCUGGGGCCUCUUGGGUCCUUCAUGUGAUGAUGGCUGUGAGAUUAUUAUUCUGGGGCACUGCCUGUGACUAGCACUAAAUGUCUGUUUCACUUUCAUGUAGAUGUCCAUUUCUUGGCCAGUUAUCCCUUCUGACUUUUCAACCUAGUUCAUCCAAUCCUCACUGGGUGGGGUGAGGACCACUCCCGCACACUGAAUAUUUAAUAAUUAUAUUCUGUUAUUUUUAUUUAUAUCUAUUUUUGUAAUUUUAAAUAAAAAUUAUCAAUAAAAUGUGAUUUUUCUGAA